UUAUUUUUUACAUAUUUGUCCUGAAAAAUACCAGAAAUUCUCUGCAACAUCUUGUCUGUCACCCUUUUCCAUCAUUAAAUUGUAAUUUUUAGAAUAAGAAUAAAAAUUCACCGAGCAAAAAAGAAAAGUUAGGAUUAGGGUUUUUUUUUUGUGAUUUGAUCAAAGGAAUGCUCUGAUAAUCGAUGGAUUCCUUCGCUUCAAAUGACAAUGUUCAAUCUAUUUCCAUUAAUGCCGGUGAAGACGUAUGGAGCUCCGCCGCUUCUUCUGCUCCAGAUCACCUCGUAAUCAUGGUUAAUGGCAUAUUAGGCAGUGAAGCUGACUGGAAAUUUGCUGCUGAGCAAUUUGUGAGGACUCUUCCUGAUAAAGUGUUUGUUCAUUGUAGUGAGCGAAAUGUGUAUAAGCUUACAUUAGAUGGAGUUGAUGUAAUGGGAGAACGGUUAGCAGAGGAGGUUGAAGAAGUUAUACGACGAAAGAGUGAUGUCCGGAAGAUUUCUUUCAUUGCCCAUUCGGUGGGAGGAUUGGUUGCAAGAUAUGCUAUUGGGAAACUGUACAGGCUUCCUCAGAAAAGGGAAACCAAAGAUGAUUCGAUCAAUGGUUCAGGUGAUGAUGUUUCAAGGGGUACAAUAUGUGGCCUGGAGGCUAUGAACUUUAUAACUGUUGCAACUCCUCAUCUUGGUUCAAGGGGAAAUAAGCAGGUUCCAUUUCUUUUAGGUUUGCCUUUCAUGGAGAAAACAGCUUGUUAUGUGAUUCACUGGAUAUUUGGGAGAACUGGUCGGCAUCUGUUUCUCACUGAUAAUGAUGAUGGGAAACCUCCACUGCUAAAGCGCAUGAUGUUUGACUGUGGUGAUUUGCGUUUUAUUUCUGCAUUGCGAGCAUUCAGACGGCGAGUGGCAUAUGCGAAUGUUGCCUAUGAUCAUAUAGUAGGCUGGAGAACAUCAUCAAUCAGACGGAACUAUGAAUUGCCAAAGUGGGAGAAUUCUUUAAGCGAGAGAUAUCCACAUAUUGUACAUGAAGAGAAGCCAACAGAUGCAGAUCCUCAACCUAGACCUAUUAUGAAGAAAGAUGAUGGCUCCAACACUCUAGAAGAAGAGCUGGUGACAGGGCUGAAUAGUGUAAGCUGGGAGAGAAUUGAUGUUAGUUUCCAUCAAAGCAAGCAAAGAUAUGCAGCACACAGUGUUAUUCAGGUCAAAAAUCACUUUUCACACUUCGAGGGUGCCGAUGUCAUUCUUCAUAUGAUCGACAAUUUCAUUACAUAGUAAGGAGAAAAUCUGAUUAUAUUGAAAAUGGUGUUUUUUCAAGGAGAAAUUAUUUACAAUCUCCACCGCAAAUGGAGCUGCUUAUUUCAGCUCAGAUAAGUUUGUUGAAUGACCGGGAGGGGAGCAUAUCUGAUGAUUCUACAGGGUACUCAUCAUAUUUUUAUUUUAAGAAAUUUUCAUUUCUUAAUUUUUUUAUUGUUCAUAAUGAAGGUGAAGGUCUCCCAUAGCCCUUCUUAAGAAGAGCUGGUGAGUGGGGUUGUUUUUAAUUAAAAAUGAGAAUGUGUAAUAUGUUACUUGAAGCUUAGAGGAUAGUAUU